UUGGCAUGUCUCUUCAAAUUCAAGACAGCAGGUAUCGAAAAAAGUGGAUGGGCUGGGCAGCAUGCCGCUGCUGUACUUCGCAGGGAGAAUCUUCAUUUUCCUUCUGCUGGAUUAUACAUCUGCUUUUUCUCUGAGAGGCCCCAGCACAGUGCGUGGAUUGGUUGGCAGGACACUAUCUGUGACUUGUUACUAUGACAAAUACUAUCAGACAUAUGACAAAUAUUGGUGCAAAGGAGACAACUGGUCUGAUUGCACUAUAGUUGUAAGGACCAAGGAAUUAGAGGAAGAAGUGAAGGCUGACAGAACGUCUAUCAAAGACAAUUAUACUUGCUCUUGCUUCACGGUGACACUGGAGAACCUCAUGGAGGCAGAUGCUGGGGAGUACUGGUGUGCCAUAGAGAGAACAGGGGCUGAUAUUCACGUCCCAGUGACUGUUCUCCCGGAACACUUACCCACCACUACAAUAAUCGGCUAACUACUGGAUCAUCUUC